AUGGCGGACCUGGGGGGUCAACGUAACCGGAACUACCGGCCUCACGGACCUGCCUCAUCAACACAACGGGAUGCUGCGUACUCCGAUAUUUUUGGGAGCGCACCACCAGCAGGACGCUCCCAAACCAUGAAUUCGCAAACUCCGCAAUUCUCUCAGGGUCGUGCUCAUACCAUGUCAUCGCAUGUUGCACACCCUCAAUUUCAGAGACCGCCGCCGCCGCCAACGCGGCAAGUGCCCAAUGGAUACGGACCGCCAUUAGCAUCACCAAAUGGAUAUCCGCCGCCGCCGUCAUCCGGUCAAUACCAAGCCUACAAUCCGGCGGCCGCACCCAUGUCUUCACAGCAGCCUCCUCGACCGCAUCCUGGUGCCCAACAACGAUUUGCUGCUUAUCCUCGACCCCAACGUCUCGAGACCAGACCAAGCCCUUCUGCCCAAUACCCGGAAUCUAGGGACUUCAAUCGCCCAAUGCCUCCACCUGCGCUGAAUUCCGAUGCAACCCGAUCGAGAUCGAUGGCAAAAAUCAACGGGCCGCCUUACCAGCACCCACCGAGCAACUUCAAUCACACUUCUGCCAUUGCCUCUCGCCGCGAACAAUACCAUGCCGGGGCUCCAGUCACUCAAUUAGGUCGUCCUGUGCCCGAGAAGCAACAUAACGAGCGAGCUAUGUCCAUGACUUCUUGGCCGUCGGAUCGAGAUUCGCAGAUCAUGAACAGCGGAAGGUCCAUUCCGCAUCGCAGACCGCCGUCGGGUCAUGGCCAGCAGCAAAACUCGAUGCAGGGCCCCUCUGCCAUCAGCCCGCUCGGCACGAUGCAGGGCCUGAUCGAGAGGCCAGCAAUGCAAAGUGCUCCGAGAAGCGACUCGAUGACACAGAGCCCUGAGGGCUAUGUCGGCUCUCGUCAGCCUAGUGAUGGAUCGGCAAAAUCUCGAACUAUGUCUAUGGCAUCGACUAUUGCGCCCGAUAGGACGAUGAGUGUUCAAAGUCAAGCCACCCAAAGCUCCGCCGGCAAAACAACACUUGUUGCUAGGGAUUCUCAGCGCAAAGUUCCGGUCGUCUAUCCUGCUUUGCUUUCUCUUGUCGCUGAAAUUUUUAGAGAAAAGAUCUCGCUCGGUGAACGCCAAAAGAACGGCCUUUCGUACCAGAAUGCGUUCUCGGGUACCGAUUCUGUGGAUUUGAUCGGCUCCAUCAUCAGGACAAACGACCGCAAUCUGGCGCUUCUACUCGGUCGUGCGCUGGAUGCUCAAAAGUUUUUCCACGAUGUCACGUAUGACCAUCGUCUCCGAGAUGCACCCGGCGAAGUUUAUCAAUUCAAGGAAACAAUGGGAGAGGACAAGUCCACAACUGAUGUCAAUGGUGUUUUCACACUCCUAACCGAAUGUUAUUCCCCGACUUGCAACCGGGACCAACUUUGUUAUUCCAUUGCUUGUCCUCGACGACUUGAACAACAAGCUCGGUUGAAUAUCAAGCCUCAGCCGGUACUAGGAGCAGGGGAUGCCACCACCGCACCACCCGAUGAUGAUGAAGAUACUGAUAACCAAAAACUCUGGAUCAGCACGGUCUCGAAGGACAUCUCGGAUUCUGUUGAUGAUCGCGAGAAGAAACGCCAAGAGAUUAUUUUUGAGAUGAUGUAUACAGAACGGGAUUUCGUCAAGGAUCUGGAAUACUUGCGGGAUUUCUGGAUGAGACCACUGCGUGCUGCGGGGACGACAGCUCACUCGCCCAUUCCUGAACAUCGGCGGGAGAAGUUCAUUCGGACCGUAUUUGGCAACUGCUUAGAGGUCCUCAAAGUCAAUAGCGCUUUGUGUGAAGCUCUGAAUGCCCGGCAAAAAGAGAACGCGGUCGUGCAAACUAUUGGUGAUAUCUUCUGCCAACAUGUCCCUAACUUCGAUCCAUUCAUCAAGUAUGGUGCCAAUCAACUUUACGGAAAGUACGAGUUCGAGAAGGAAAAGGCAUCAAACCCGGCCUUCGCCAAAUUUGUCGAGGAUACCGAGCGUCUCAAGGAGUCACGGAAGUUGGAACUGAACGGUUAUCUGACGAAGCCUACAACUCGUCUUGCAAGAUACCCGCUUCUGCUGGAAGGUGUUCUGAAAACUACCGCAGAUGGCAAUACUGACAAGGAAGAUAUUCCGAAGGCCGUGAAGUUGAUCAAGAAUUUCCUCUCGCGUGUCAAUGCUGAGAGUGGUAAAGCGGAGAAUCACUUCAACCUUGUCCAGUUGAACGCUGCACUCAAGUUCAACACCGCAGACUAUGUUGAUUUGAAACUCACGGAAGAAAACCGGCAAAUGCUCAUGAAAAUGGCUUUCAAGAAAACAACAGCCGACAGUUCUGAUGUCACAGCAUAUCUCUUUGAUCACGCUGUUCUACUUGUUCGUGUCAAGGUAGUGAACAAGCGUGAGGAAGUUCGAGUAUACAGGAAACCCAUUCCUCUGGAGCUGUUGGUCAUCGCUCAGAUGGAAGAGGUCAUUCCACGAUUAGGUAUCGCCAAAAGACCAUCGUCCAGCCUCUUGUCAAACAAAACUAUGAUAAACAACCCUCCUCCUGCCAAAGAUGGUGGCCUGCCAAUCACUUUCAGACAUCUUGGUAAAGGUGGUUAUGAGCAAACUCUCUAUGCCACGAAUUCUGCCACCCGACGAAAGUUCAUUGAAGCAGUCGAACAACAACAACAAAAGCUGUGGGAGAGAAACAGCAACUUCUAUAACAAGACAAUUCUUAGUGAGGGCUUCUUUGCGGCGAUCAACCGUAUUAACUGCCUUGUCCCAAUUGAUGGAGGUCGGAAAUUGGUCUAUGGAACUGACAAUGGUAUAUUUGUCUCUGAACGUUGGCCCAAGGACAAAUCAGCCAAACCGAAGAAGGUCCUUGAUGCUACUCAAGUCACGCAAAUCGACACCCUGGAAGAAUACCAGCUGCUUUUGGUCCUAGCGAACAAAACCUUGUCCUCCUAUCCCAUGGACGCUCUUGAUCUCAAUGAGGGCCAGAACACCUUGGCCAAACGCCCAAAGAAAAUUCAAGGCCAUGCCAACUUCUUCAAAGCAGGCAUUGGUCUGGGUCGACACUUGGUGUGUUCGGUCAAAACAUCGGCACUGUCCAGUACAAUCAAGGUCUACGAGCCAAUGGACAACCUGGCCAAGGGAAAGAAAAAGUCGGCUGUCAGCAAAAUGUUCCAGGGUGGUCAGGAUACACUCAAGCCAUUCAAGGAAUACUACAUCCCUGCCGAGUCUUCUUCAAUUCACUUCCUCCGUUCUACUCUUUGUGUUGGUUGUGCACGCGGCUUUGAAGUCGUCAGUCUCGAGACAACAGAGACCCAGUCUCUCCUAGACCAAGCAGACACGUCCCUAGAUUUCGUGGCGCGAAAAGAAAACGUUAAGCCUAUUCAUAUAGAGCGUAUGAAUGGUGAAUUCCUCCUCAACUACAGUGAUUUCUCGUUCUUCGUGAACCGCAACGGGUGGAGAGCCCGUCCAGAUUGGAGGAUCGCGUGGGAGGGCAACCCAAACGCAUUCGCCCUCUCCUACCCCUACAUCCUGGCAUUCGAACCGAACUUUGUUGAAAUUCGACAUGUUGAAACAAGUGAAUUGACGCACUUGAUGACCGGGAAGAACAUUCGCAUGUUACACAGUUCCACCCGGGAGAUCAUCUACGCAUACGAAGAUGAUCAAGGCUACGACACCGUUGCCAGCUUAGACUUCUGGACCAACAAACCCCAACAAAAUGUUUAA